UCUUCUCUACCAAACGGUUCUAAAUCUCACGAUAAUCAUGAAGGUGCUCGUGAGUCUCUCAAUGCUCGUGGCUUUGACUCUGGCGGAACCUCCGAGUUUUCGUCAGUCGUUCGAUGCCGAAAGAGACAGCAGUUACUUCUACUUUGCUCGUCAUCAGCCAAAAGAUUCGGCGGCGAUAAGCGUCGAGGCAGCGGCUCCCUACCCCGCGUCAGGCUGGAAACCCGACGGUCCUGCUUUCGACCCUACCCAGAAACAACAAGAGCUGCCGCUCCCUACUCAGCAACAGUUUGCACCAUCCGAAGCUGCUCAGAACCAAUACGGAGCUCCGGCCGCAGCUCCUCAGAGACAAUACGGAGCUCCGGCCGCAGCUCCUCAGAGACAAUACGGAGCUCCGGCCGCAGCUCCUCAGAGACAAUACGGAGCUCCGGCUGCAGCUCCUCAGAGACAAUACGGAGCCCCGGCCGCAGCUCCUCAGAGACAAUACGGAGCCCCGGCCGCAGCUCCUCAGAGACAAUACGGAGCCCCAGCUGCAGCUCCGCAGAGACAAUACGGAGCCCCAGCCGCAGCUCCGCAGCGACAAUACGGAGCUCCGGCCGCAGCUCCGCAGAGACAGUACGGAGCUCCGGCAGCAGCUCCUCAACAGCAGUACGGAGCACCGGAAGAUUCUCCCCAGGAAGAAACCCAAGCACCAACUGCACCUCAACAACGUUUCAGAGCGCAAGCUCCUUUCCAGAGACAGUAUGGACCACCAGCUGCUCCGCAACAACAGUACGGUGCCCCAAAUCAGGAAGCUACAACAACUGAAGAAGCCACAUCGACCGAAUAUGACGAGUCGACGACCCUUCGAGGAGACACCGAAUCUCAGGCCGAAUCUGUUGAUUCCGUAAACGAAUUGGACGAUGUUGGCGAGGUCGACGCCGAGCAAAGAGAAAGCGGCGAAUAUUUCGUGGCGCUUCCCGAUGGCCGGCUCCAGCGGGUUCGCUCAAUGAGCCGAAAGGACCUCGCCACGAUGAAAUUAAUUGCCAGCGUGACCGCCGAGAAUGUAGAGCCACUUCGAGGCCCGAUAUACGCUUAUUCGCCACUUCAAAAAUUGGAAUUCGCACCGGCCGUGCUCCAACCAUCGGUAGUCGAUUCGUACGGUGCUCCGCAAAAAUUGUCCCUGAAUCCGCAACAGUCGCAGAGCCAACCUUUGGCCGCUGCUGCCCCCGUCAAUCCUGCCCUUUCCAACUAUCAGUUCCCCUCAAACGAUCAAAGAUUCUUCAUCACGAUCUAAACAAAACUCGAAGAAUUCGCUUACGAGUACCUCGUCACCGAUUCAUUACUCGUGUAAAUAUUGUAUCGAGAAAAAAUCCAGUUUUUUAUCGCGGUGCACACGCAUUGACACAAAAGUUAAAUGACUCUUUGAUCGAACCAAAAUAUGAAAGCUGAUUUCAAUGAUUUUUGUCUUGGUUCGUCUCAUCGAGAAUCAAAAUGUAUUAUUUAGGCGUCUGCGAUGGAAUAAAAUAAGAAAAAAAAAUAUCUGAAACUGACGUCGAUUCUCUAUUC